AUCUGUACAUACCAAAGUUGAACUCCUGGCUCUACCCCGUCGUCGUCUUCUUCUACAGACUUCCCAACGUUGAAUCUGAAUGCGAGUAAUUAACAGUUAGGGACAUUUCAACGAGUUUUACGUCUCAGUCGAAAAAUAUGGCUGCCAAUUUCUGGACUUCCUCUCACUACAAACAGCUGUUGGACCAGGAAGAGGUGGAUGUGGUGCAUCCGCUUGACAAGGAGAAAGGCAUCACUCUUGCAGAAUUCAAGCUUCUUAAAAUGCACAUGGCCAAUUAUAUAUGGAAAUUAGCAACGCAUGUGAAAGUGAGACAAAGGGUUGUAGCUACUGCAGUUACAUAUAUGAGACGUGUGUACACCAGGAAGAGUCUGUCUGAAUAUGAUCCACGUCAUGUCGCUCCAACAUGCUUGUACCUGGCAGCAAAAGCAGAGGAAAGCACAGUGCAGGCUAGACUUCUUGUAUUUUACGUCAAAAAAAUGCUUGGUGUUGUAGCGACUGAUGAAAAGUUUAGAUUUGAGAUCAAAGACGUGCUUGAAAUGGAAAUGAAGAUUUUGGAGGCAAUCAACUACUAUCUAGUUGUAUUUCAUCCCUACCGUUCAUUGUCUCAGCUCCUUCAAGAUGCAGCACUUAAUGAUAUAAGUAUGACUCAAUUAACUUGGGGACUUGUCAAUGACACGUACAGGAUGGAUCUUAUACUUGUACAUCCUCCUCAUCUGAUCGCUUUAGCUUGUAUAUAUAUUGCUAGUGUGCUCCGGGAUAAAGAUACCACUUCAUGGUUUGAAGAGCUCCGUGUUGAUAUGAAUGUGGUGAAAAAUAUAUCGAUUGAGAUAUUAGAUUUCUAUGAAAACCACAGAAUUAACAUGGAGGAGAGGCUUAAUGUUGCUAUGGCCAAGCUUGGUGUGAAAUUUUAGCUGGCUAACUACUUUCUGCCUCUUGCUUUUGAACGGUAGAUGGUUACAGUUAUUUAUUUCCUUUUGCAAUUACUAAGAUGGCUUUGCCAGCCAUUCUCUGAAAGAGUAAAAUGAUCAUGACGUUGAAUGUAUUAUGGACCAAUCCAUGUUGUAAAGCCACUUGCUCUUUCUAAGCAAGCUUGGAAUUCAAUCAAAUGUUUGUGCAAUUGCGCAUUUCUCCCCA